UCCAAAUAGUAGAUGAAAGUAACGUAUAUAAAAAACGAAGAAGAUUUAUAUCAAAUGUAUGCGCCCGCCUGAAAGCAAAACAAAUUUCAUUUGAAUCUAUUACAGUGAUAAAUUACUUAUAAUGCCUAAUUGGAAUCAAAUUCAGUCCCAAUUAAGGCAUCCUGCUAAUCCUGUAGUGUUUUUUGAUGUAUCAGUAGGAACUACAGAAAUUGGUCGAAUGAUAUUUGAACUAUUUGCAGACAUCGUUCCAAAAACGAGUGAAAACUUUAGACAAUUUUGCACUGGAGAAUUUCGCAAAGACGCUGUGCCACUUGGGUUUAAAGGAGCUAGUUUCCACCGUGUAAUUAAAGAUUUCAUGAUUCAAGGAGGAGAUUUUGUAAAUGGAGACGGAACUGGUGUAAUGAGUAUAUAUGGUGGAGGUACAUUUGCCGACGAAAACUUCACUUUAAAACAUGAUACGCCGGGUUUACUGUCAAUGGCUAAUAGUGGUAAAGACACAAAUGGAUGCCAGUUUUUCAUAACGUGUGCCAAAUGUAACUUUUUAGAUGGUAAGCAUGUUGUUUUUGGGAGAGUUAUUGAUGGUCUCCUAGUUAUGAGAAAGAUAGAAAAUGUUCCAACGGGACCUAAUAACAAACCAAAAAUACCAGUGACUAUUAUUCAGUGUGGUCAGAUGUGAAUUUAUACAGUGUGGAUAAAGAAAUAAUUUUAAAUGUAAUAAACAUUUAUUUUAUAGAAUUAAAUCAGUACUUUUUCAA